AUGCGUGAAGUCAUCUCGAUCCACAUCGGUCAAGCCGGAGUCCAGAUCGGCAACGCCGCCUGGGAGCUCUACUGCCUCGAACAUGGUAUCCAGCCGGACGGCAAGCGAAUGUCCGAGGAGAAGCGCGAGGACUCGUUCACCACCUUCUUCAGCGAGACCGGAAAUGGCCGCUACGUCCCGCGGGCUUUGAUGGUCGACCUGGAGCCGACGGUCGUCUCCUCAAUCACAGCCUCGCUGCGCUUCGACGGAGCCCUCAACGUCGACCUGAACGAAUUCCAAACGAAUCUGGUGCCAUAUCCCCGCAUCCAUUUCCCGUUGGCCAGCUACUCGCCACUCAUCUCUGCAGAAAAGGCCUAUCACGAGGCCAGCUCUGUCAACGACAUCACUUCCGCCUGCUUCGAGACCGGAAAUCAGAUGGUGAAGUGCGACCCCCGCAACGGCAAAUACAUGGCUGUCUGCCUGCUCUACCGUGGCGAUGUCGUGCCAAAAGACGUCAAUGCAGCCAUCACGUCGAUCAAGGCCAAGCGGUCGGUCCAAUUCGUCGACUGGUGCCCAACUGGUUUCAAGGUUGGCAUCAACUACCAGCCUCCAACGGUCGUGCCGGGCGGCGACAUGGCCAAGACUCACCGCGCCGUCUGCAUGCUUUCCAACACCACAGCCAUCGCCGAAGCGUGGUGCCGUCUCGACCAGAAGUUCGACCUCAUGUAUGCCAAGCGCGCCUUCGUCCAUUGGUACGUCGGCGAAGGAAUGGAAGAGGGCGAGUUCACCGAGGCCCGCGAAGACAUGGCCGCUCUGGAGAAGGACUACGAGGAGGUCGGCCUCGACGGCGCUGAUGGAGAUGAUGGAGCGGCCGAAUAU